UAAUUUUAGUUUCGACUCUACUUGAAGGGUCGUGCUUUAACGAUAAAAGCUCAGUGUACGGCGGAACUUGAGACCGACAAGUUAAAGUUUUAAAAUUCUUAAAAACAUUUUUAUUAGAUUCUUAAAAAAUUGCCCAACAUGAAAUUCUUUGCAACAAUUUUGGUAAUUUUCGCUUUGAUUAGCUGCUCGUUGGCGCUUAAGGAUCCCAUUUGUGGUGAGGAGCACUCAGCCGAUGGUAAUGGUUUAAUUAAAUGUGCUGCUUAUGUGCCCUCCUGGACAUUCGAUAGUGCCAAAAAUGAAUGCUUGAGCUUCAUCUAUGGCGGUUGUGGCGGCAAUAAGAAUCGUUUUGGCUCACAGGAUGCUUGUGAGAAGAAAUGCAAGGAAUAAGUGAUGUGUUUUAUGAAACAAAAGAAAAAAAAACAAAAA